UGAAGAUGACUUAUCCAUCCAAGUUUGAAGAUCCGAUAAUAGUUCCUCUUCAAGAGUUUGCGUGGGAUCAAUAUCUGCAGGAGAAAAAACGGGAACUGGGGGGCGACACCUGGGACUACUCCUCCUUCGUGAUCUGCUUCGUGAAGGACCAGUUCCUGGGCGGUGCCCUGGAGCUGCAGAGGUGGGCACACAAGGUGUGGAACGUCCUUGACGUGAAGCCCCCUGCCCUUUACGAGGCGCUGACUCUGGAUUACUCCACGAAAUUCCUGAAAGAUACCAAGCAUAACUUUGUGUUCUUUGACAUUGGUCUUGAUUAUUAUCCAAUUGGAAGAUUGAUUUUUGAGUUGUACUGUGAUAUGUGUCCCAAAACGUGUAAGAAUUUUCAGGUCCUGUGCACUGGAACAGCUGGAAUAUCGGAAAGCGGCUUAAGACUUCAUUAUAAAGGUUCCAUUUUCCAUCGAUUAGUGCAGAACGCUUGGAUACAAGGAGGAGAUAUAGAUGCUGGAAAAGGAGAUGGUGGAGAGUCCAUUUAUGGACCAACAUUUGAAGGUUUGAUCAAUUUCUGGCUGUAGCCUACAUCAACAAGUCUGGAUGGGGAAGGCUAACACUUCAAUAUUUAAGCUUCCCAUAGGAAGCUGUCCCUACCAAAGUGGCCCUAGGCUGCAGUCCUCUGAUAAAUUGGCUUCUUCAGAUCCAGAUCCCUGUCAAUGACUGCAGAGCAGAGGCCAAAAUUCUUCACAAUAUUUAAUAGCUCUCUGAGAGGUGCCAUAAUGGAAAACGGAGAUCGACGAGGGGUGAGAAACUCCAAUGGCAUAAGAGACCUGCACAAGAACCCUUCUGCAACAGACCUCCUUUAACAAGGGAGUUUGCCACCCAAGGGGCAGCAUGAGCAGCUGAGCGGUCCACCUUGGUAUAAUGCUUUCCUGAAAAGGCGCAGCCUCCGUGAGCUCCCCAGCCUCCAUAACUGUCCACAAUGCUCUUCUGGCCAGUCAAGCCAGCAUGACCCUUAGGCCUACCAAUAACAAAUCUGCCACUAGGCUGUGGGUGGUAGAUUGUGUCCUCAUCACGAUACUUUGCAGGGGCAAUGGCUUUCGGGACUUUCUCCUUCAGGGCAUCCCUCAUCUCAGCAAGAGAAACAUCUUCACCAAGCUUAAUGGAUAUAGCAAUUGUGUGCACUGUGAGGGGACCCACAGCACCUCGAUCCUGCAUAUACAGCACAGUCACUUGAGUUUAGAUUCUGGGCGUAACCAAGGUAAAGUGCCAUUGUGACACUGUUCAGCAAAUUUAGCACUGAGCUUGUGUGCUCAGACAAUGAUUAAAGGCAUACCAUACA